UAGCUAUUUGUCACGUACGGUACAUGGUUUCAGUGAAAGUAAAGAAACACAAAAAUGCGAGUUUUUUCUUUUGUCUUGAUUUUGUAUACUGUUUCAUGUGAUCACGAUACCGUUACACUUAUCCUAGCCAGAGGUGGUUCAAAAGGUAUACGACUAAAAAAUCUACAGACAGUAGGUGGUUUAAGUCUCAUAGCACGAUCUAUUUUAACGGCAAGAAAAGUGGGAUUAUCCAACAUUACUGUAUCUACCGAUCACCCAUUGAUCGCUUUGGAAGCUUUGAAAUAUGGAGCUUCACCGUUCCGACGAAGUUGGAUAACAGCUUCACAUAUUGCUCCGUCUAUUUGGGGCGUACAGGAGUUUGUUGCGACCACGCUAAAAGCUAAAGUGGUAGUUUUGAUUCAAGCAACAUCUCCAUUUAUUUCGUACUUGAAUCUUAAAGAUGCAAUUAGAAAACUGCAUUAUCCAAAACCUUAUGAUUGCGUUUUUGCAGCUACUAGAAGCUUUAAACUACGGUGGAAUUUCAUGAACGGAACCCUUAGUCCGACAAAUUUUAACAUCGUUAAAAGACCCCGAAGACAAGACUGGCAAGGGGAAUUAAUAGAAACUGGGGCAUUUUACAUAUCACGAGUAGAAUUAAUAAAACAAGGAAUUUUACAAAAUAAUAACUGCACGGUUUUAGAGACGAAUGCUAAAGAAAGUUUGGAAAUUGAUUCUUUUUACGACUUGAAAGUUGCAAAUGUUUUACUUAGUUCUAACUUAAUUUUGACUUAGUUUAGAUCAAUUCGACAAAAUAAACACUUUAAAAUACCUACAAUUACAAUUUAAAAAAUAUGACUAACACAGAAAUAGUAACAUAUGAAGAUCUUGAGGCAACUGAUGUGAUCAGCGUAGAAUUAGUACCAGAACGUAAAGGAUUAAUACUAAAGCAUUGUGAAUAUUACGUAAGCUCCAGAAGACACGGAACAACUGUGACCCGUAGAUAUAAUGAGUUUGUUCAACUGUUUGAUGUAUUCUGUGCUAAAUAUCCAUAUCGCGCUGUGUGCCGUUUGCCGCCCAAACGCGUUGUGGUAGGCGGCGGCAGUACA